GAGUCUAAGCCCUAGACCGGAGCAGAGUUUCUAGCAUGUUCGUUUUGAGCAAAUCCUGCUCUUUUCUGCUUAUCCUGCUUGCUUUUCAACAUUUCAACCCUCCUCCCCACCUUAGCCUCAUCCACCCUCCUCUUUGUGGGUCAGUGACGCAGCAAGUGUGACGCAGCAGUGUCAGUGACCUCCAGAAGGCAGUAGAACAACAGGAAGAAGACAGAGAAGUCCCAGACCACGGACUGCUACCGGAUCACAGCAAAAAGGCAGGUGGGGAAGAGCUCCCAAACAAGGCCAACGGAACUAAGGACUAUAUUUGGUAGUUGUUCUCAACUCUCUCCAAAGCACCAGGGCGCUCAUUCUCAGCGACAGGGCCAGCAAGAGGAUCUGUGAGCAGGAUUUUGAUGACUGUAGUGUCACCCUACACUCAAGACCUGAUGGACUGCACUCACUCCCAUGCUGUGCUGAGCAAACUCAAUGACCUGCGCUCUGAAGGCCUCUUCUGCGACGUGACCAUCGUUGUGGAGGAUGUAAAGUUCAGAGCCCACAGGAACAUUCUAGCGGCCUGCAGUGGCUACUUCAGGAACGCCUUGAUUGCCUCCCAAAGCUGGAGCUCCAGCCAGGUGCUGGAGUUAGUGGACCUGAAGUCUGAAGUGUUUGCCAGUAUCCUCAACUUCAUCUACUCGUCUAAAGUGGCGUCGGCUGGUGCGGACGAAACAAGGGGCCUAGUGGCAGCUGGGAAAAGACUAGGAAUUCCUUUCUUAGAGAAACUCUCAGAACCGGAUAGACAAAGCUCUACCGUUUCCAAGAUCAUGCGGGUCAGAGGUGUUAUGAAUAUAGAUCCCAGCCAGGGCCCAGAGCCAAAGAACACCAAGAAGGAGCCGUCCAGGCCUUUGGAUAUAAACGCAACCACAGGGCCACGGAUCACCAAUGCUUUCUCUAUCACUGAAGUAGGACCCGGAAACAACCCCUUCACCCCACUGGUUCCAACUGAUGGGGAGAGGAAGUCACCAGAUGUGGGGCAAGUCCUAGCUAGUUGCCCCAUCAUCUCUUGUCUCACUGCAACAAAUGAGCUACCACAUGCCCUGUCUGAACACUCCUAUGCAGUGAUCCAGACUGAGGAGCAAAAAGACAGAAACCCCAAAGACUGUAAAAUGGGACCAAAGCCUUCACAGCUACAGACAAAGCAGCUUGCCAUCCAGAAUAUAGGCCCACUGAAAAAACGUCAUCGGUUGAGAGGCACAUUAGAGAGAAAUACGACCUCUACCAAAGAUUCACAACAAUCCACAGACAUUCCAGAUGCUAAUUGGCCAGUAGCAGACAGUUCUCCUACAGGAGUCAUCUCCUACAUGACAGCUGUAGUCAUUGCCCCACCACCACUCAACGCAGAACCGGAACCAGAGAAGAACACAGAUGAUGCAGUAACCACAGAUAAUUUUCAGAUGGAGUUUGAGCCACCCACUCUCUCCCCUCAUGUAGAAGACAGCAUAUCAAUCUACGGAUGUGAAUACUGUCCAGAGAUAUUCACCAAUAACGCUCUUCUCACCCUCCAUAUGGAAGUGCACAAAAGACGUUUUGUCAGUCAUCUGUUUUGCAAAUUCUGCGACAGGAAGUUUAUGCACCUCAAGCGGUUACGCAACCACGAGCAUGGCUGUCUUAAGGCCAUACAAGACCCUCCUGAGACAGAUCCUGUUGAAACCUUAAUAAUGGACAUCCAUUCAGACAAUGUAGCAACCAUGGAUAAGCAAGCAGAAGAGGUACCUCCUGAUGACCCACACAGCCCUUGUAUUCCAGAACCAGAUCAAAACAACCCAUCAGAAGCCCGGCAGGGCAUGCCGAGGGUAGAAAAGACAGGUGGCAGUCAGAGGGUUUACAAUUGCAGUGUGUGUAAACGGGUUUAUAUCACCUUGUCCAGUCUGAAACGGCAUGAGAAUGUACAUUCUUGGCAGAGGGCCUACCCUUGUCAUUACUGUAAUAAAGUUUUUGCCCUGGCAGAGUACCGUACCAAGCAUGAAAUCUGGCAUACAGGUGAACGUCGAUACCAGUGCAUCUUCUGCUUAGAAACGUUCAUGACUUACUAUAUUCUAAAAAACCAUCAAAAGGCAUUUCAUGGCAUUGACCCGAGACUAGCGGUGAAGAAGAAAUCAGCCAAAGGCGGAUUCAAAGCUAGUGUUUAUCCUAUCAAACUGUACAGGCUUCUUCCAAUGAAGUUUCGAAAAAAGCGAUACAAGACGUACAGUGAGACCUAUGGAGACAGUGUUGAGAGCACCAUGGGGGAGAACAACUCUCUCAUCACUCCAAGUGAGGAAAACAGCAACCCUGAGCCUGGUUCCUUCAAUAUACCAAUGACAUUCAUGGCAACAACAAAGACGGUGGCCCCUGUGACGCCUCACAUCAACUUUAAACAGCCGUUAGAGCCAGAUAUUGAUAGUGAUACAACAUGUCGAAAAAGAGACUAUAGCAAAGAUGUUGAACACAGGAGUUCACAUCCCCUCCAUCACAACCAUCCAAAAAAUGUGCAGACAGAAACCAUUGCAGCGAGCUGUGACGAGAACACAGUAACGAUAAUGAACAUGGACCACUUCAGUCGUAAUAUACCAUUCUUGACCAAAACAUUGAAAACGGUUAACAAGCUCGGUGAACUAUCAGCCGCAGCAAAAAGAGUGGAAGCCAUGACCAAGGAGAUACUUCUCUCAGGAACAGACAGUUUGAAGCAGGGUAAGGCAGUAUGUAGCAGAAAAACAGAAACAUACCUCGCUAAGCCUGUUUGUCCAGGUCCAUCUGUGGAUGGGGAUGCUCUGCCACUCUGUCAGAUCACAGUCAAAAUAGGGAACGAGGCCAUUAUCAGGCGUCAAAUCAAGGGUUCAAAUCUGUUCCCCAGGAAGAGGAAGAAAAGCAGACAAAGGGAGACCCCAGGUGAGUGGUUUUCAACUGAGGAUAGCUCUGGUAGUGCCAGGCUUCAAACUCAAAUGGAAAUCUCAGCUGUAAAAGAGGCCGAGACAUACGAAGAUCCCAAUGACCACGAAGCCGCUGACAAAUCCUGGCGUCCCUACUAUUCAUAUAAAGCAAAAAAAAAAAAGAAGAAGAUGAGAUUCAAACACAGAAAAGAUCAACAAUAUUUUUUACCUCCAACUUCAGUAGCCAGAGCUCCAGCCAAAGAGGGAUACCCAGAGAGGAGAAGCCUGGCAACAGACAAUAGUACCUCAGCCAACAGCACGGACACACAAUGCAACAUCAGGAACCGUUCGCCAAGAGCCUCCUACAAAUGUGACAUCUGCGACAGCUCCUUCAUCACAGAGUCCGGCUUGAGGGCCCAUGUCAUUGGUUCCCAUCCGUGUUUCUGUCGGACGUGUGGAGAACAGGGUCCACCCGGGGAGGUGCCUGCCGGUGGAGAUUAUGUCUGCAACAACUGCAUGGAAAGCGGCUCCUGCUUCGAUAACACACCGCAGAGAUGCAGCACUGAGAAGAAGUACCACUGCUCAUUUUGUCCCCAGCGCUUUCUAUACCUUGCCACAAAGAGAAGCCAUGAAAGAAAACACCAGGAAUUGGGAAACGGGAAAGGGUAUAAAUAUAACAAGUGCCCACCACGUUCUAAACAUGCAACUCCACUGGCUGAAGACGGCCAACAUACCAUUAAAUCUGAGGAAGAUGACGAAGAGGUAACUCACCUCAGAUGUAAUGAGGAAGGAACGGGUACUUGUACAGGAAACACUGCACCGAAGAUGGAAGGAAAGGCUGGCUUCCCGUCUGUUGCGACAAAAUCCUUCCAAGAACCGCAUUCCAAAACAAAAGAUCUGCUUUCAUCUUCAAACAGCGACAGUGUUUUUCCUGAGUUACCCACAAAGGUGAAAUAUAAAAUGUCAAAAAAGAGAAUGGAUGUACAAGAUUCUCUUCAUCUCCCUUCCAAAAUGCAAGCGCAUGAGAGGGACAAUAGCAGGGGACUUUUGAAAAGGCCAAAAACGCUUCAUGAGAAGCACCCUCAUCUGUUGUGGAAACAAGAAUCUGUAAAGAAAGGGAUUUCUAUCUGCAAGACGGAGCAGUGGGUUUGCAAACAGGAGCCUGUUUUUGAGGGCCAGUAGUUAUUUGGAGCAAGAGGGAAGUUGACUGUUCAGGAGUACAUGUGAAACUACUUCAUCUAUGAUUUGAUUGCAACUAGUUUAACUGACAUUGUAAGGUUAUCCUUCAUCCAUUAUUUCUCUUGAUUGAAAAUACAAAUAAAUGCCUCAGUAAAACAUUGAUUUGAAAUGGCCAAUGUCAAUUGAAAUCACAAAUAGAAAGGGUGUAUCCAUUUUAAAUACAUGUUUUAAGAGAUUAUUUUGUAGACUUCUGAAAUAAACCUUAUUUUAGAAUUUCCGCAUGGAGGAAAUCCUGCAAGAUUAAUGAUAUAAUCGUAAAUCUAAUCUUGAGAAGUUUUAUUUUAUGGAGACAUUCUCUAGAAUGUGGCUGAUAAAUACAAUUAUAUUGUGAUUAUUGCCUUGUGUGAUUCAGGUCUUAUUUAAUCGGUUCAGAGGAAUUGGAGUAUAAAAGCAGAUGUAACAGAAAUCACUGAUGUAUUCCUCGUCAUUUAACUUUUACGAAAAAAUAAUUUUUUAUUGUUGGUUUAUGUCUUUUGAUUGCAUACUUGCAUAUUCAUCGUUCAGUAAGUUAAUAUUGAUUUAAUGUAUAUUAUAGGCAACAUUGAAAUUAACAAUGCGAAUUUUGUGUGUUUAAUAUGUAUAAAUAUGCAAAGGUGUUAUAAUAAAGAAAUAAAUUUGCUUAUUAAUAACACCAUGGUAAGAUA